GACCAUUUCGGAGACUCAGAACGAUGAGGAACUACAUUGCACGCACCCUGUUACUUCUGGUGGCGGCUUCGGCCAUUGAAGCCGCGUCGGUGGCCACGCCCAACUGCGGAGGCACUACCUCCUCGAAGAACAUCAAACUGGUGAAUCCGGCGAGUCCUCCGCGGGAGUGCGAGUACCAUGUGAAGGCGUACAGCAAGUAUGUCUGCCAGUUGCGCAUUGACUGGGCCAUGACCUUGGCCCAGCCCACUCUGCAAUCCGAAGGAUCGGGCUUGACCUAUGCCAAGUGCUCUCGGGACUAUUUCGAGGUCAAUGGAAUUAGGCUGUGCGGCACGGAGGUUUGGCAGCACAUCUAUGUGCCCCUGAAUGCCACCGAUGGAGAGUCCGUUGUGGAUCUGGUCUUUAGUCUGGCCGACCGUGCUGGAGCCUCUGAUAUGCCCACGCCCUACUGGGAGAUGACCGUGACCCAGCUGGAGUGCCCUGCCGGAGCCUCUGUGCGCUCGCUGGAUCUGGAGGAGGAGGAGCCCACCAUCGAGGGUCGUGCCAGCACCAUCAAGGACGGCUUCUUUGUGGCCCCGCCCGGCUGCCUGCAAUACUUCCCCCAGUCCAAGGGUGCCGUCAAGUCCUUCAACUACAACGACGGCAACGGCAUCUAUCCAUCCCGCAUGAACUAUGCCAUCUGCUUCCGUCGCGAUGCAGACACUACCGGUCUUAGAAUUCGCGCCUAUGACUUCAACGUGGGCGAUGUGGUCUCGGCCACUACUAUGAUGACCGAUGAGAACUGCUAUAGCAGCGAUAGUACCAACGAUCUGGAUGCCGAUUUCCUGAUGGUGCCACAGGCCACCUUCGAGGACAGUCACAAGCACGCCACCUACUUCUGUGGCUCCAUCAAGAAGGAUGUGGUCAUAACAAGCAACAAUCCCGGUCCUUUGAUGGUCCUCUUCAACAGCGACGACAUCUACAGGCAGAAUGAGGCUGGCUUUGCUUUCACCUACGUUGUGUCUUAAGCGGUUAAAAACUCUUUGAUAAUGUAAACUAAACAAAGAAGUGGUUAUUAAAAUGAGCUUUAAUAGAAA